AGCUGGUGGCUGCAGUCUUCACAGGAGCGAGUGCUUACCAGAACCCACCAUCCUAUGCUGUGUGUGCUUACUACAAAAAGCGUGAAGAUUGUCUCUCCUCUGUGCUGUUCUUUCUGCACAAGUCGGGGCUUUUACAGCUGCAACACAGGUGGGUGGAGCAGGAAGAGAUCAUCACAGUGCAGCUCCGUCCCCUACUUCCUGCCCAGCUCUCACUGGGGCAGACUGAGUGAAGACCUCAGAGGAAUGAUGGCAGCCUGAAUCUUCUCCAAAUAUCCUACUUUGGAGGCUGCUGAUACCGAGACGUUCAAGAAGUACCAUGGAGACCUACAAGAACCGACCUCAUCGGUCACUGACACUGGGGGUUCCGCGACUGAGACCAGCAACUAUGCUGAGGGUUCCAGGAUGUCUCCACCAACAAUACCUAAGACCAGUGACUAUGUUUACUAUGAUUCCGGAAGCCUAGAUAUAGAUAGUGCAACCCAGUCAGUCACUGGCACUGAGAACCCAACAAUGUCUCCACCAACAAUGACUAAGACCAGUGACUACAAUUCGGGAAGCCUACAUAUAAAUAAUACAACCCCUUCAGUCACUGGCACGGAGGGCCCCGGGGUGUCUCCUCCAACAUUGACUGAGACCAGUGACUAUGAUUCGGAACGCCUAGACAAAGAUGGCGCAACCCAUUUAGUCAUUGACACUGAGGGACCCAGCGUGUCUCCACCAACAAUGACUGAGACCCGUGACUACAAUUCGGGAAACCAAGCUAUAGAUGGCACAAACCCUUCAGUCACUGGAACGGAGGGCCCCAGUGUGUCUCCACCAACAAUAACUGAGACCAUUGACUACAAUUCGGGAAGCCUACAUAUAGAUAAUACAACCCCUUCAGUCACUGGCACGGAGGGCCCCGGGGUGUCUCCUCCAACAAUGACUGAGACCAGUGACUACAAUUCGGGAAGCCAAGCUAUAGAUGGCACAAACCCUUUAGUCACUGGAACGGAGGGCCCCAGUGUGUCUCCACCAACAAAAACUGAGACCAUUGACUACAAUUCGGGAAGCCUACAUAUAGAUAAUACAACCCCUUCAGUCACUGGCACGGAGGGCCCCGGGGUGUCUCCUCCAACAUUGACUGAGACCAGUGACUAUGAUUCGGAACGCCUAGACAAAGAUAGUGCAACCCGUUCAGUCACUGACACUAAAGGUUCCAGGAUGCUUCCACCAAUGAUUAAGAACAGGGACCAUGUUUUGGGAAGCCUAGAUAAAGAUAGUGCAACCCGUUCAGUCACUGACACUAAAGGUUCCAGGAUGCUUCCACCAAUGACUGAGAACAGGGACCAUGUUUUGGGAAGCCUAGAUAAAGAUAGUGCAAACCGUUCAGUCACUGACACUAAAGGUUCCAGGAUGCUUCCACCAAUGACUGAGAACAGGGACCAUGUUUUGGGAAGCCUAGAUAAAGAUAGUGCAAACCGUUCAGUCACUGACACUAAAGGUUCCAGGAUGCUUCCACCAAUGACUGAGAACAGGGACCAUGUUUUGGGAAGCCUAGAUAAAGAUAGUGCAAACCGUUCAGUCACUGACACUAAAGGUUCCAGGAUGCUUCCACCAAUGACUGAGAACAGGGACCAUGUUUUGGGAAGCCUAGAUAAAGAUAGUGCAAACCGUUCAGUCACUGACACUAAAGGUUCCAGGAUGCUUCCACCAAUGACUGAGAACAGGGACCAUGUUUUGGGAAGCCUAGAUAUACAUAGCACAACCCCUUCAGUCACUGCCACCGAGGGCUUCGGGAUGUCUUCACCAACGACGAAUGAGACCAGUACUUCUAAUUCAGGAAUCCCAGUUACCAGUCCCAGUAUGAUCUCCCAAAUAAUGAGAAAUACAAACUUUAUACUACUAGUUGGAGUCUGUCUUCUAAUAUUGAUCAUCGUCAGUAUAAUAGGAAGCUUCGUUGGAAUUUGGUACUGCUGGGACAGACCAAGAGAUAUGGAAAGGAUAAAGAAGAUGGAAGAAGGACUAGCGUUAGCACAAAGACUUGCAGCGUAGAAACAAGAAGAAGAAGAGGAAGA